GGGAAAAGGAAGGAGCAGCGCCUUUGGAAUCCUCAUUAGGGCGGAUUUUGUAAUCCUGGCUCCGGGCUCCGUGCGCGUCUGGGAUUUGUGGGUCCCACUCCCGAUGUGGGAGGGAGAGGUGGGAGGGCAAAGCCUUGGGAACACCGAGCGCUCCCGGAUUCCUGCGGCUGCCGGAGCCUUUUCCACGGGGGGAUUUCCCUCGGCUGCCUCGUGCCAGGCCAUGUCCGUGGCGGAAACAACGGGAUCGUUGCUCCAGCUGGAGGAAAACUUCUCCUCCUGCCUGGCACGGAUCGAUGCCCUCAUCCUCAAACCUCUGCUCCAGACAGAACCCAGCGAGCAGAAGGGAAAGGAGAACUUCAAGCUCUUYGUGCUCCUCAACGAUCGCUUCCAAGCCCUGUGGAACCUCACAGAGGAAAAUUCCCGACUUUUGAGACAAAAAUGCGGCAGCUCCGAGCCUUCCUGCAUCCGGGAUAUUUAUAUCAUCUGGAAAGGAGACCUUUUCCUGAGCCUCUACAUCCAGUAUUUCGUCACCUUUGCCAACUUCGUCGUUGUCCACGGCUUCGAGGAGGCCACCAAGAGCAAGAGUGAGGCCUGGAAGCACCACAAGACAGUGCUGAAGCAAUUCCUGACGGAUUUCACCUCUGAGAGCUCCCUGGCGCUGGCCCUGCACACCACCCUCCACAAACCCAUCCGGGAUCACAUCCAGCACUACCUCCUGCUCCUCUCCAAGCUCCACCAGACUCUCCAAGAGGGAUCCGAGAAGGACGUGGUGGCCACUGUCAUGGAGGAGUUUGGGAAGCUGGAAUCUUUCAUCAGCCAGGUCCUGGAUGAAGCCUGCUUUACCAAGGCCUUGUGGAAAUCCUUGGGCUACAAAUUCACCGACAUGCUGUGCGUCCCCGAGCGGAGGCUGCUGGAGGACAGCCGCAACCUCCCCAUCGCCGGCUCCAACCGCUCCGAGCGCAUCCUACUCUUCGACGACGUCCUGGUGCUCAUCCAGGGAAACAGCUUCCAGAGUUUUGAUCUGAAGCUGGUGUGGGUAGAUGAAAACUGUGAAGAGAAAUCUGCUCCAGGAUUAUAUAGCCUGCACAUCACGACCCCGGAAGAGACGUUUGUCCUCUCUGCCAAGGACCCCCAGAUGAAGGCUGUGUGGCGGUGGAAGCUGGAGCAGGCGGUGCGCCAGGCCCUGAACGGGAAGCGCGAUUUCCCGCUGUGGGGCCGGAGCGGGGAAGGCGGAGGGCCCCCRAAGCGCCGCUUCUUCAGCUACGCCUUCCGCGCUGAGGGCAGGCUCCGCGGGGCCACCUACGAGGGCGAGUGGCACCGGGGCAAACCCCAUGGCAAGGGGACCCUGAAGUGGCGUGACGGACGCAACCACGUUGGGGAUUUCCAGGAGGGCCUGGAGCAUGGUUGUUCUCUGCCACCGUUUCGGGAGCUGGCUCAGCUGCAAACUCCUGGCGGAAUAAUCGCCAAUUUCUCUCCACAGGGAAAGCUCUCCUUUGCCAACGGCUUUGUCCUGGAGGGAACCUUCACCACCAGGGCCGGCCAGGGGCUGCAGACCCAUGGCGUCCUCAACACUUGCAACGAGCAGCUGGAAGAGCAGGUCACCAAAAUCCAGCURGGCCUCAAGGAAUUCCCAGUGGAGAAGAGAUGGCAGGGAAUCUUUGACCAGUUCCUGGAAUUCCUCCAUUCUGGCUGCAAAGAGGAAACGGAGGAAUCUUUCAUAGGAUUCCACAUCCAAACCAGCAAGGAGCUGAGGAAAUCCCAGGAAUACCUGUUCUGCCAAAGGGGCACCGAGGAAAUCUCCUGGAAAAUUGAAGAUAUUCUGGAAGAGCUCAUCCARCACCAGGAGCAGGAGUCACUCCAGAAUUAUUUGGAGAAGGCAUUGAAAUCUUCGCUACAUCCCUUGGGAAAGCUGCUGAGGGCUUUGACUGUGGCUUUCCAGGCGACUUAUUCCGGGAUUGGGGCCAAUAGGCACCUGCUGACCAUGGCACAGGAGGAGGUCAAGUUCUACGCCAAGAAAAUUUGGGAAUUCUACCAGGGUUUGCUCCAUCUGGCCCUGGAACAGAAAGGCCAAGCGCCCUCGGAGGAUGGAGAUCCCAGUGUCCAGAAGGGCUCCAGCCUGGUCCUGCCCCUGAUCCUGCCCUGCUUCUACCCUGAACUCUUCAUGCUCUACAUGCUCUACCACGAGAGGGAGGACGACCUCUACUGCCAGGGAAUCGUGGAUCUCAGCCUCUUCCCCGACAUCAAGCUCCUGGAAUUCCUGGAUGUGCAGAAGCACCUGUGGCCUCUCAAGGAUCUCACCCUGACMACCAACCAGAGGCGGUCCCUGAUCAAGGACAAGUGUUUCCUGUCUGCCACCGAGUGUCUGCAGAAGCUCAUCACCACGGUGGAUCCCAGGGAAAAGCUGGAGAUCCUCCAGAAGACCUAUGAGGAGCUGGAGGCCACRGUGUCCCGGGUGCUGGAAAAGGAGUACAAGCUCCCCAUGGAUGACCUGCUGCCCCUCCUGAUGUACGUGGUGUCCCGAGCCAAGAUCCAACACCUGGGAGCUGAGAUCCACCUGAUCCGGGACCUGAUGGAUCCCACCAACCAGGGAGGAAUGUUUGACUUCCUGUUAACAGCGCUGGAGUCAUGCUACGAACACAUCCAGAGGAUGAGGCUCCACCAGAGAGAAAAUGGCCACAUCUCCCACAGCUCCUGAGCCAGGAUCCCCAGGAAAUUCCUGAACUUUCUGGGCCAAACGCUGCUGGAAAAAGCGGGAAUUGUGUCCCUGUUGUCCURGCUGCCUUUCCAAGGGAAGGAUUCCUUACCAGCUGAGCUUUCCCUGAUCCCACAGUACCCACAAGGAUGCUGAGGGCUGGAAGCUUCAAUAUUCAACCUUUGGGAGUCUCUUCCAAUGCAGAAAAGGUUUCUUUUUUGUAGUUUUAUGCCCUUUUCCCRCAAGUAAUUCCCCAGAAACCGUUUCCUGCUCUGGAUGGUUUUUUGCACUGGAGAACUGCUGGAGAAAGAAGAAUGGAUUGGAUUUUGGAUGGGAUCUUUUCUGCUGGGCACAGCCAGGAGAGCUCAUCCCAACAUUCCUAAACAUUCCUGCAGUGAGAGUGGCUUUUCCUGCCACUCCUCUUCCGACUUUUCCCAACUCAGGACCUCUCCCUUGCGUUUGGAAGCUGCUAUUCCCUAAUUUCCCUAUUUUAUUAUACUUUAAAUAUUCCUGGUUUCCCUCAACUGGCUCCUGUGAGACCUCAGGGACGGCACUCCUGCACCUUGGAUAAUCCUGUGCUGCUUUGGAAUUCUGGGGGCUUGGGAAAAAGGACACAUUUGUCCUGGAUUUGGGGAAACGCCCGAAAAAAGACACUGGAAAACCUGGAAUAUUAAAUCCAAACCCAGCUGGUUUGGUGCACUGACAAACCCCUGAGGUGCUUUGUGCUCUGAGCCGAGCCAGGCUGGAAUUUAAGCUGCCUUUGGAAUCUUUGGAAUAUUCCAAAAGGGAUAUUUGGGAUGCUGUUCCCAGCAGCCAAAAAUAGCCCGGCUCAGCUGC